UCGGAACAGGUCCAAGAACGCACGUGUGUGUGAGAGCGAACUACAUAUCCGCCACAGUUUUAAUCUAUUUAUAGGUUGGUUUCUUCCGAGAUCUUUUCCAAAACAGAGAUGUCUACAUCCAUGUUCUGGUCGGCAUUCUUGGUCAUGGUGGUCAUCCCGAGUGCCUGGAGUGCCGUCACACUCCGCCAGGUGUCCUCAGUGUACCUACCGCACGGAUUUGAGUUUGACGGUACGCCCCUGUAUGCCAUGGGAGACCACGGCGCCGUAGAACAAAUCACUUACGAUGCAAGGAACCACCACAUAUACACCGUAGGUGACGCGACCAUUCUCAACAUAAUCGACAUCCGGUAUCCGAGCGCACCGAGGGUGGUGUUCCGGCAGUAUCUGCCAGGGCGCGCUACUGACAUAGACUCCUGCGGGAACUACAUAGCGGUGGCCUUGCAGGCCGAACCCAUCACAAGACCCGGGACGGUGGCCAUCUACGAAAUGUACGACCCAGUCAAUAACGACUUGCGUCUGAUCCAUACAAUUCAAGUUGGCCCCCUACCGGAUAUGCUGAAGUUCACCAAGGACUGCCGAAAGUUGGUCACGUGUAACGAGGGCGAACCCGCGAACACCGAGUCGGGAGACAUCGUGGAUCCCGAAGGCUCGGCGACGAUUAUCGAGUUCAGGUCGGGUUUCCUCGCCAACGAGAUCGAACCCAUCGUCCGGACAGCAACCUUCCACAAGUUCGAGCAACAUGCUUACAGGUAUCAAGCGAAGGGACUAAGGUGGUUGUUCCCGGAAGUGACGCAUGGUCCAGAGAACAACACCGGGGUGACCAGGUUCAGCCUGUCGCAAUCCCUGGAGCCGGAAUAUCUGGCGUUCAGCCACAACGAGACCAAGGCAUACGUCGUGCUUCAGGAAAACAACGCCAUAGCCGUGCUCGACAUGGAGACUGCGAGUUUUGAAGAAAUCUACCCCCUCGGGUCCAAAUACUGGGGCACAGCGAGCCUGGACACAAGCGACGAAGAUGGAGGAAUCAACCUCCGUGAGUGGCCGAUCUACAGCAUGUUCCAGCCGGACGGGAUGAAGAGCUUCACCCACCGCGACAGACACUACAUCCUUACCGCUAACGAGGGCGACAACAAGAAGAUCCAGAUAGGCGGGGAACGAUUCACCGACAUUGUCAAGGGGAGAGAUAUAAUGAAAGACUCCCUUCUCGGAGCCGACUUCACCUCCACCCGCGUGAAAAGAGCUCUGAGCGACGAGACCGAGCUCGCCUGCACCCACUUCAGCACCUUCGACGGGAAGGACCGAUGGAACCACGAAAAGUUCUCGGCACUCCACGCGUUCGGGGGCCGAGGAUUCUCCGUGUGGGACGCGGAGGACCUGAGCCUGGUGUGGGACAGCGGAGACGACGCAGAGAGGAUGAUCUCCAACUACCAUCCGGACAUCUUCAACUCCUACUACAAGGAGUCGGCCCUCGACAAAGACAUCAGGAAAAACUUCGACAAGACUUCAUGUAAAAAGGGACCAGAAACGGAGGCUGUUGCGAUAGGCUCGGUCGGAGACCAGACAGUUUUGUUUGUAGCAAACGAGCGAUCCUCCACCAUCAUGCUGUACACCCUGCCGGACACGGACCUCAUUUCACCGGUCUUCCAGAGCAUCUACUGGCCAGGAAAACUUACCGGGACCUGGCGGGAAGCGUACGAGUCACGCACGGUCGGCGAUGUGGACCCAGAAGACCUUAGAUUCGUUUCCUCAGAAGACAGUCCUAACGGCAGACCGCUUCUCCUGGUGGCCGGCACAGUAAGCGGGACAGUCAGCGUGUACGAGGUCUACGACGACACCGACGUAACGGCAUCCGCUGGUCUGGUGCUGCCCGGUAUCCUAACGACGUACCUCACCGCGAUCGCCCUCACCGUGUACACCGUGCAGUAGCGACUCCUAGCGAGAUGAUGACGAAACGUAACCGUCCAAGACGUUGUUGCUGGUCUUCUCCCUCACAGUGCCUUUAUGUUAACGGCAACUGCUCUUGCAUUGGGUCCACAAAUGUCAUGUUUAUAAACAGGACAGAGAGAGGGAGAGGAGAGAAACAGAGAAUUUACCCCCUAUCAAAUUUUCACUCGCAUAGCCUAUGAAGUGAAUAUUUUAUUAUGCACAUUCGCACAAAUGCAACGCAACAACCGCAAUGCAUAUGAUGUUUGCACAUACUUUUGUGUGGCAUUUUCUUUAAAAGUUGCUAGAAAAUAUUGUUCUGAGAUCGGGGUGGGUAUAUUGUAUGCUAAAUGUUCUUUAGGGCUAAAUAUGUGUCUAUUUCCUUUUUGUUGUCAGAAGGUCUUUAUUUAUUAAUUUUACAGUGGCCCAAGGUCACUUGUGUUUUUUUGUUGUUGGUUAUUUCAUAUGCAUAAUACUAUUUUCAUUUUUUUGUCAGUUGUCAUGUUUACCUUGAAGUUCACAGUAAUGUUUUUCCUUCGUACUUCUUCUCCUUCUUCUCCAAACAAAUACAUGAAAGGUCAAUGACCUGGGCCAGACAGCUGUCACCAUGGUGACCGAUAGAGUAGCAGACUCCCAGUGGUGUUCAGUUACAUAAUGUAGCAAGUGGUAGGACUGAGCUGGAUGAUCUAGUUACCAUGUAUACAAUGAUGAAGGUGUUAGAGCAAGAAUGAAAAACAAAACGUUAACUUGAUAGGCUAGACCUUAUAAAGGUAAUGAAUUUGAAUUAUGAAUUUGCUUACAAGUGGUACCUUUCUACUUUAGCUUUUACUGAUUCUCAACGAUCGCAAAGAAACGCUAAAAAUACCGUGCUUUGCGCUUAGCAACACAUUCCAGUUUAUAUUUUCGUUAUACAGCUUUAUGAAUAUUUUUAUACCAGGAUAGAAGUAAGCUGAAGAGCCAUUUCAAUGCUGUUGUAUGUUGAAAACAAUCCAUCCAAAGUUAACGAAUUUGAGUUACAGUUUUCACCUUACUCUAAGAAGGCUGUAAAAGUUGCAUUUGCAUUUGUCUUGUGUUUGGAUGUAGAUAAUCAAAGAAGAUAACUUUACGUUUGGGACCGCAUUGUAAGCAGCGACACCUAUACCUGCAAUAUGGAAUAGCACCCAAACUCAGACUGUUGAUUGUAUAUAGUCACUGGUUGUGAACCAACAAUCUUGUUAUUAAUUCAUUUGAAUGAAAAAUUGCUAUAAUAUGUGCCUGUGGAAUAGUGGUACACGCCUGUAGAUUGUUUUUGCUGAAGUGAAUAAAAUAGAAAAUCACGCAC